CGCAGUUUUAAGCUGUUGGAAAUAUAGCUAGACUACAUGUCCCAUGAAGUCCUUGUAGUCCUAAAAUCCGGGAAACGAGUUCUCUGGUUCGUUCAGGCAUCCAUAUGGGAAAAUGAAUGGCGAAAAAAUAGGGUUUUGGUAUAAACGCCGAAAAAAGGAUUUUAUACGUUUGUUAUCUGGUAUAAUAACAGUAAAUUAAUAUGCCCUUUAUGAAUGUCGUAGCCUUUAUGUGAUCUUAUAAAUGAUUACAAAUACACACAAAGUGACGUUAGCUGAUGAAUAUUUCUCGUAGAACAAAACAUAAGAUCUCCUAAACCUGUGUUUAUCGCAGACAUUAUGUUUCGCGUUUAUCAUCCAAUUUUCUCCAUAGGCUUGGUGCAACGAACCAUGGCAGAGUUGGUGCCUACAAAAAUACGCCGUUACUAUGUCUCUAUUAGACGUCUUCACGGGUCCAACAUACCAGAUAUUCCGAGAAACGACCUGGAACUCAGUACCAUGUCAGGGUUUUUGGACAGUGUCCGGUGCGGAGACUGCGAGUGCAAUGUGGACUGGGGAGAGAGGCGAAACACCAUGGCAUCUAUAGCUGCUGGAGUCCUGUUUUUCACUGGUUGGUGGAUAAUCAUUGAUGCAGCUGUGAAAUAUCCAGAUGAGGCGGUCUUCCAUCAUGCCUAUCACACAUGUGGAGUCAUCGCUACUGUGGCUUUUCUCAUGAUCAAUGCUGUCUCGAAUGGCCAGGUGAGAGGGGACAGCUACAGUGAAGGUUGCAUUGGGCAGACCGGAGCUCGUGUGUGGCUCUUCAUUGGCUUCAUGCUGGCGUUCGGCUCUCUCAUCGCUUCCAUGUGGAUCCUGUUUGGAGGCUUCGUAGUGCCCAAGAAAGCUGUUGUGUAUCCUGGUAUUGCGGUUUUCUUCCAAAAUGCAUUCAUUUUCUUUGGGGGCUUGGUGUUUAAGUUUGGACGCACUGAAGACUUGUGGCAGUAAUGGUGUCUGUCAACUGUCAUACUAUCUGUUCUCUUGUUGUAUGAGACAGUAGUGUACGCUUUGGCCUGUCAAAACACUACCUUCCGUCUUUCAAGCGUUAGAAAAUAUUCACUUUAUAUAAUGACUUUAUAAUUUUGCUUUUUAGAUGAACUUGUUUAAUUUAUAAGUAGGUUGGUUGUUGCUGUACAAAUGUACAUUUUACUAAAGCAUCAUUUGCUGUUCCAUCUUUUAAUUCAAUGUUAUUUUCUUUUGAAUUCUUGUAAUGGGAUCUAGGUGUCUUUUCACUCCAAAUGUGUGGAGCCAUUCUGUUACAAUAAUUUACUACCUUCCAUUAUUUAUCUUGGUAACCGUGCAAAAUAAUAAAUGAGCAGAUUAUUAUUUUCCUUUUUAUUGUUUUUACAAUACACAUUUAUGCACUAAUAAUGUUUAGAAAUAUUUUGCGUUCUGAUGAGGGCAUACAUCGGGGGGCAUGACAUCUAUGGGAGUGUUAGUCUUGUAAAUAGCCUAUUUUCUUACGAUACAGUUACUGAUAAUAAGAAUUUAACCUUUAAUGUGGGCAAUUUGUCUUUCCUAUUGUCGAGAUGUGGGGUCUGUAAUUAAGCCAUUCUACUGAACCAUAAUCUGAUAGUUCAUAAUUCAAGGUGUAGUUUAAAGGAAGGAUUUAAUUCCGAGGUUUCGAUGCUCUGACCACCAUCUCUGUUCUUUGACUAUGUAUUUGACUGCAAUGCUUAUACUUUCACAGUACUUGUAUAGUAACCAAACUGAGAUCACUGAACCUGAACAACUAUGGCAGCAUUAAAUAGAAAAUGUAAAACAA